ACAGUGCUCUGAUAGGAAUAUCCUCCUACUGGGCCAGCGGACGGUUAGGCCUGGCCCUCCUUUCCUCUCUCUCUCUCUCUCUCUUUAUCCUGAUAUAUUUUCAGACUGUUUCACGGCACACCUCACAUUUCUGGCUGCUUAUGUACUUCACAGAAGUUGCCAGAUGUGACAGCAGCUGAAGAAAGAGAGCAAGCAAGCGAUGCUGUUCAUAAUAUAGUGUAGUUUACUGUUCAUUAGCAGUUAACAAAGAGAGAAAGAGACUCAGCGAAGCGAGGAAACGAACAAUGGAGGGGAAAUGAUCAGUAAUCUGCAACUGUCAGCCUCCACUGCAACAGCCUGUCUGGACCUCAUUAUAGGGAGACGGAGAGCUUGCCGUCUGGAAAACAGCAUCUUUCCCUCCACUCUGCUCCUCCCCUCUUCCCUCUCGGCAUCUCUCCCACGCUCCAGAGCUCAGCCUUCAGCUCCCCGGAUCCUCCCAAAUUCUCCCGAGCUUCAGGGGGCUAUGGAUGGACUGCGUUUACCUCCACUCAUCGAGGAGGCUUUGGACUCUACAGAUGACCCGUGCGAUCUGAAAGCAGAGAGCAGCCCCACCAUGAACAACGAGAUAACAGCAAAGGAGAGAGGCGUGCUGGAGGAGAACAACGAGAAGGAGGAGAUGGACCAGGAGAGAGAUCAGGAGGAGGAGGGGGAAGAGAAGAAGCUGAAGGAGGAGGAAGGAGAAGGGGAGGAGAAGAGGAAGAAGGAGCAGGAGCCACUGACAGAGGAGCAGGAGCUGGAGGAGCUGAGGGCCCAGGUGCUGCAGCUGCUGCUGGAGCUGGACGAUGCCAGAGAGACAUCCAACAAACACCAGGAGAGCUUCCAUGAGCUGCAAGGUCUGCUGGAGGAUGAGCGUCUGGCCACUGCCCAUCAGGCUGAAGCCUUCACACGACAGAUCCAGAAUCUACAAGCCCAGCUGCGUUCUGUGCAGGAGGAGAUGGACAGCCUGGAGGAGGAGAAGGAGAGCGAGCUGGCCGAGGCCCAGGAGGAGCUGCGUGUUGCUCAGGAGGAGGUGCUCCUGCUGCAACAGGCAGCAGAGGAGGCGGCAGCAGAGAGGGAGAACGACAUCGCCUCGCUGCAGGAGGAACUGUGUCGCCGACGGGCCGAGCUGCAGCGUCUCAGCGAUGAGACCCAGGAGUACGAGCUGGAGAUCACCACGCUGAGAGCCGAGAUCAGCAUGAAGAGCCAGCGCAGGGAGGCGGAGAGGAGAGAGGGUGACGUGGACCUGCUGAAGGAGGAGUGCCGUAUGCUGAGGGAGGAGUGUCAGACCCUGAAGGAGGACAACAGACGUCUCUCUGAGAGGCUGCAGCUGCUGCAGAGACAGAGGACAUGCUCCAGUGUGUACCUGUCACUGAAAGAGGAAGAUGUCGAGGGCACAGAGGGGAAGGAGAUGGAGACCGGCUCGGAUGAGGUCAUGACAGAGAGUUACAUGACCAUGGCGCAGUCAGGGAACUGUCGCCUGGUGGACGCCUCAAUCCAGAAGAAUAUUUCAUUUGAUGGGAAAUCCGUCACACCAAGCGGCUGGAACGGCGGCAUCGGGGAGAUCUUCUCCUUGAGGGAGCAGCUCAAGCAGGCAGAGGAGAAGGCCUCACAGGUUCAGAGAGAGUGUGACGGUCUGAAGAUGGAGCUGCAGGGGCUGCAGGUACUGUAUGACAGCAGUCAGAGGGAGAGAGCAGAGCUGGAGGAGGAGCUGCAGCGCUGCAAGGCAGAGCUGGAGAAGCUGUCAGGGGGGGCUCAGAGAUUCAUCCAUCCGUCUGAGCACCCUGUUCUCUCCAUCCCCUUCAUAGGAAUGAUUGUAAUUUUGGCUGUGGUCUGGUGCUGGUUGUCGGAGCUGGCGUCCCAGAGGGCAAGGGGAGUGAGGUAGGUUGGAACUCCAUUUUGACUCUCACUGCAGCCACAGCAGUGCUUCUAAUGAUGACUAGCUUGUUGAGAGCUCUCGUCCGAUGUUGACUGGAUGGGCAACAACUGCACAGGGACAGACGUCUGCUUCAGACCAGCCCUCGUUCUCUCCUGCCAUGUCUAUAGACUGAACUGGAAUCCUCUAGAUGUGAUAGAGCUGACAACUGUGUCGUAGAUUGUUGUCGCUAAUGAGAAGGUACUACGUGCACUGAGAACGAAGCGCUCAGUCUCACUGGAGAUGAGAGAUGGUGAUGAGUUGAGCCCACAUGAGGACUGAUCUCACUCCACUAAAUGUAUGCUAGUGUUGUGUCACUGCUCCUCUGUGUCUGUGAAUAUUAUUUUCUCUCCUUUAGCUAACAAUGUGUUUUUAAAAAAAAUGAAGGUUUUGAUUAUUAAUGUGCACCAAAUUCAGUUUAUUUAACCAUUAUUUAUUUAUUUGUUUAAAUAUUGUUCAUAGUACUAUCUGAUCAUAACACGGAGUCUGGACAUUUAAUGCACUGAAAUCCCUGAAAUGUACAUAAGCUCUUAAUAUAUUAACAAAAAGAGCAGUUUGCAUUGUUUUUGAAUGAGUUGAGUAUUAAUUAAUUGUUGCUUCUCCUCAAAUACUGAAUGCAAUAAAUUCUGCAUACUAUACCACUAGAUUAAAUGUCACAAAAUCUCCAUUAAUUAUCAUCCUUUCCUUACAUUAUCUCUGCCCCACACAACUUUCCUAUGUCACAUAGUUUUUUGUCCAUUUUAAAUACCAAUAAUAUGCUAUUCCAGUGGGAAUCUAACACUAAUACCUGUUGCUCUAAGCUCUCAGUUAAAGUCUGAUGUUUAACCCUUCGUGGGAGGAAGCAGCUCUUCUUCAGUAUUCAGUUUCUGUGCUUCAGCUCGGGGCUCUGUCACUUCCGCCUGCCUCUCCAUUGUCUUGUGUCUCUGACUCUGAAAUCAACUCCCACCUUCCUCUUUAAUUAUCAGGACACCAGGAAGUCUCCACCUGCCCACACCUCACUUUAAAAAAAACCCUCAGAUCUUAACACCCACAGCUGCAUUGUUACUAGACGGUUUGCUGUAAGUUUUAUUUUGUGUUCGUAAAUAUAUUUCUGCAACUUUUGGAGCAAAUUGUAGGAGCUAUAUUAUGAUGUUUUCCAACAUUUUGAUGUGGGAAAAUAAACUUUUGUUCCCCUCCUGCAGGAUUUAAAUGUUAGAGUAUUGUUAUUUAGAUUUAUGGUGAUCGCGGGUUGUUCCAGGUACUCGGUGGGAGAAUGUUGACUACCAGCUUUCCUUGUUUACUUGUUUCCUGUUUACACUCUUUAUGUAACAAACUACAGAUCUUAUAAAUGUCUUAGAUGACAAACCUGUCAAACUUUAGAUUCAACUAUUGAAGUGAAAGAGCAUGCCUCGUUUCCAAAUAGCUUUGUUUUGUGUCAGUAAUUGCGUAUUGUGUGAUCAACACAAAGAAAUAAGAUAUCUUUAUGAAUGGAUAUAAACUCCACCAUGAUUAUGGACUUUUGAAUUGUUUAACCCUUGCGUUGUCUUAAGGGUCAAAAUUCACCCGCCACUAUGUUGAACAGCAGGAAAAAAAUCUCUAUCUUUUUUCAAGAUAAAAAUUGGUUGAAAAGUUUUUGUCUCACUUACUGUUGUUUAUACACCUUGUGGUUGGGGUCAAUGAUGAAAAAAAGGCCCUUAGGACAAGGCAAUUGUGCAGAAUGUUAAGAUUAUACAAGGGAUAACUUUGACUUAUGUGGUGUAGCCUAUGCUAACAGUAUAUUUUAGCAAAAAAAAAAAAAAAAUACGCAAAUUCUCAAUGUGUUAAACUUAUUAAACUAGUUUUAUUAUAUAAUUAUGCCAUUUGACUAUAAACAAAGUCAUGCAACUGAAUUGAAUAAAAUAGUCUGUUAGCUGAUUGGCUAAUUCAAUAGGAAGUUAGAAUAAAAUGAAUACAGUCUAUUAGAAAUCUGCAGCAAAAUUUAAAUUCCAGACCAAAAAUAAAUAGAUAAAAAAGGAGGAUUUUUACAAACACAUUGUGGAGUCUCCUGUAGGUCCUCAUAGGAAUGAAUGUCACAGAGCUGUUUGGAAACGAGGCGUUGGUUUGUUGUGAGGACAUUUUAGAAAUUGAUUUUGUUCUAAAAUAUGUAUAUAAAUAGGAAGGAGCCAGAAAAAAGUUUGUUAGAGUUCAUUAUAUAAAACAAAUAUAUGUAUAUGUGAAAGGACUCUGAUGAUUGUUUACAUUUGUGAAACGUUUUUUUGUGAAAAAUAUUUUAGAACUGAAAAAAAGCAUGCUAGAAAACAUAUAGAAGCACAAUAUAUAAUUUUUGUUGAUCCAGUUACUUUGUAAUUCAUGUAAAUAUUUAGGACAUACAGUACUAUGGGGGAGAUCUUUCUUAAAUCCAUUUGUACUAGCUUUGUAGAAAGUUUAUUCUAUUUUGAAAGAGCAUCGUAUAUUUGAUAGCCGAAUUAUAAGCUGUGUAAAUGUUUAUUUAUGGUGCCGUUAUUCAGACUUGCGGAUCAUUUUCAGUACCUCUUUGUUCAAAGGUGGCGUAGUCAUUGCAUGCAUUUAGAUUGCAUUUGACCUUAGUUGCUAAAAAGAGCAAUAUGACUUGUAAAAUUCAGAAAUAUAUAAACUUUUCUGAAACAUUUGUCAUUAAACAGAACCUUUACGAGCAAUGCCUGACCAAUGUUAUUUCUGCAUAUGAAAACACUAAGGACACGAUGUGCCACUGGACUGCAGAUGUUGUCACUGUCUUUAAAAAAAGUUUGCAAUAGAAAUUUCCAUUGACUGCAAUGGUACAUAUGAAUGUUGUCUGAUCCAGAGCAUUAUUUCAGAUUAUUUCAUGAAUAUUAUCAUCACAAGCUUUGAUAUUGCGCCGUGUUUCUCUGCUUGUUGCUUUAAAUAUUGACAUCAUUGUUGUUUUCAAUAUAGUCGUGGCUAUUUUGUUACCUGGAGGUCUAUUUUGUACUGUAAAUGACUUGAGAAAAUAAAUAUACCCGC